AUAUAGAGGUGCUGUGAUAGAGAAGCUGGUUGUGCUACUCGGUAUCUCCUCGAAAUGGUUUCUGCCUUCGGAGCUCAAGUACGUGGCCGACUACGUCGUCAUGAGCUUCAAUCCGCCAGAGGUUGUUCGCGACUCUCCGAUAUCUCGGGAGGCCAUGGGGCUGCAGGUCAUCGUGAGAAACGUUCUUCUGGAAAUGCUGAUCGACCUGCAGAUGACUAUCAAUGCCGAAGACGUCUUGGAGACCUGGCACAAGACAGUCUCUUCGAGAAUCAUAACUUUUGUGCUGGACGAGGCGGCACACCCGACCACAAUGCGGUGGAUAAUGACCCUGCUUGGAGUUUGCAUAUCUUCGUCGCCAACUUUCUCGAUAAAGUUCCGUGCCAGUGGCGGAUAUCAAGCCAUUUCCCACGUACUUUCCAGCUUCUACGAUGCUCCGGAGAUAUACUACAUCCUCUUCUGCCUCAUGUUCGGGAAACCAGUUUAUCCUCGUCAACCGGAGGUCCGGCUGCUGGACUUUCACGCCUUGAUGCCCGGGGAAGCUAUCGAGGGAGAAAUUCUCUUCACGGAAUUCCUCGACUCCAUUCUACUCAUGUUCAAGGCAGCGUUUGACAAGAUGAGCCUUCAGUCACAAAUAGUGCAGCAGACAGGAGAUUUUUCGCAGUUUCCGGAGUCUCUGGCAGCUGGCUUUGCGAAUGGAUUCAAGGAUAUUGGAGGUGAUCUUCAGAGCGAAGCUCUCCUGCACAAGACAUAUGCUGCACGCCUCAUGGGUGGCGAGGCUGCAGCGCCAUCUCUCGUGACUUCGCUGCUGAGGUUUAUGGUGGAUCUGGCCAAAAUGCAUCGUCCUUUCUCGACAGCUUGCAGGCGUCUCGAUUUUCUCGAAGGAAGCGUGGAACUUUAUUUUUCCUGUGCGAGGUCUGCGGCAGCUAUCGAGGCUGCCCAAGGAAUCUCUGCCGAGGCAAACAACCAGUCGAGCUAUAAGUUCUCGGACGACUUCCAAGUUAUUAACCAGAAAGUUGGAGCCAAGGCCGACGCAGAGGAACCAGCAGCUCAGGAAGUAGAGCUCUUGGCUGUUUCAACCAAGUCUUCUCCAAUCGACAUAAUGAAGCCGUUCCAAGCUGACGAGUCCAUAGACAAUUUCUUCGUCUUUCCAUCCACGUACGCGGAAAACACCACCAACGGCGACGACACUCACUCUCAGCGUUCUUCGUCAUUCUCCAACGCUUUCACCGAGUCGUCAACUUCCGCAUUCGUGACGCUUCCACUGUCUCCGACAACGUCAGACAACUCGAGAAACGAGGCUGGAACUCCUUUGCCAUCGCGAACGCCUGGCAACAAUUUGGCGUCGUGGGUGAAAAGCACGUUUCCUAGCGACACUCCUGCUCCUUCCCGCUCUGCCAGCAGCAUACCAUCGAGAACGACGUCCAUUGUAAGCGCUUCAACACAUGGUCCUGCCAGUGACUCGGAUCGAUCAUCGAUUCAGGACGACAAGCAAGCUUUUCCGAUCACCAAGAAGCUCCUGUUGCAGCUGGAAUCUGCCGGUUCCGGGGGUGGACCUUGCUCCUCCGGUGCUACAGCCGUCUUGGACCUUGUGGCUGAGGUGCUAGCCGACGCUCUAGCUGAUCAGCUGAAAGCCACGCCACUGGUGGAAGCAACUCUGGAAGCUGUGCCUCUCCAUAUUGGUGGCGAUAUCGCUGUGGUGUUUCAAGGACUCUGCCUCUACCGGGUCAUGAACUUCCUCGAACGUCGUCUCCAACGUGAUGACGAGGAAGCACACAAGAAGCUGGACAGAGCUCGCUGGUCAUCAAAUCUGGAUGCAUUCAGCUCGCUCGUGGUGGAUCGUGUCUACAUGGGAGCAUUUUCGGAUUCGGCAGGGGUGUUGAAGGUGCUCGAGUUCUUGCUAUCGAUGCUGCAGCUGGCCAACAAGCACGGCCGGGUGGAGGAAGCAAUGACAACCGGCAGGAGCUUGUUAUCUCUUGCUCGUGGUGGCUUCAAGCAGCUCGAGCCUUUCGUCCAGUCCCUGCUACGUAACACCAACCGGAUGCUUCUGUUCUGCUUUCUCCCGUCGCCCACCACAAACGAGGAACUAACGUCGAGUAACACUGGCCUGCUAGCGAAAGGAGGACUGGACAUCACUUUGGUCCUGCAGCUCCUUAUAUCCCACAAGAAGCUGGUCUUGUGUCCCGGCAACGUCGACUCGGAGUUCCUGCAAUGCCUCCUCGUCAACAUCGUGCCUCUGCUUCAAGAUCCACGGCAGGCUGUUCGGACUCUCGCCGUGGAUGCAUGCAAAGUCUUGCUACACUACCGCAAAGAGGCACUGGAGGACAUUCUCGUGCUCAGGCACGCUUCUGGCGAGGCGCUGGACGUUUUCCACGGAGGUUUCGACAAGCUCCUGGCAUCCAACUCGAUCGGCUUCUAUACGUGGUUUGACGACGCUCACGAUGCCAUUGGACGGGUGCUGGAGCAACGUGCCUCGCUUGCAUGGAUGCAGUUUAUAGGUGGCGCGGCUCGAUUCAACUCUUCACGUCUCAAAAACUUCGAGGUGAGGCGGAAGAGAGAGAUGGGGAGGAGGAUGAAAGAUGCUAGCAAGGCGGACGGCCGCCACUGGGAACAGAUGCUGGAGCGCAGAGUUGCUCUCGACAUGGUGAGAGACUCUCUAUCGGCGGAGCUCCGGCUGAUGAGACAGGUGAAAUAUGGUUGGGUGAUACACGCCGAGAAUGAGUGGCAGGAUCAUAUCCAACAGCUCAUGCACGAGCGCGGGCUGUGGCCCGUUGUCAAGUCUGUAGCUGAGAGUGACAACGAGUGGCAACUCUGCUCUACCGAGGGCCCGUAUCGCAUGCGGAAGAAGCUCGUACGUUGCAAGCCGAAGAUUGACAUUGCUGCUCACGCACCUGAAGAAGCUGAAGCGGAAGUACUUCCCAAUGGUCAGGCCGGGUUCGCUGUGGACAUAGAGAAUCCGGACUACGACUCCUUCUUCCACAUCUUUUCCUUGGGCGUCGACAGUCCUAAGAAGAAUGCUGCCAAGGACUACCUCGAGUCCUUUGACGAAGAGGACACCGAGUCCAAAGGACGGGAAGACGAUGCAAAUUCCUUGUCGACCAGAGGUGACGGGACCAUCGAACGCAGCAGAAGCGCCAUCAACGACAGCGGGAAGAGCCCGGAAUCAAUCCAGAGAAGUAAGUCGGACGCUCAUGGGACUGCUCCGGGCUCUUCGCCAACUAAAACCGGCGACUUUCAGCUGGACGACGCAGACGACCAAGACUUCCAGGACGACGGAGAGUAUUUGAUAGCUCCCUACCUGGAGCGUGGCGAGAAGAUCAGGUUCCGUUACAACUGCGAGCGUGUUGCGGGGCUGGAUAAGCAUGAUGGAAUCUUUCUCAUCGGGGAGAGGUGUUUGUACAUCAUCGAGAACUACUUCAUCGACAGUGCCGGCCGGAUAUGUGAGAAAGGUGGUGAGGGCGAGCUUUCGGUAAUCGAUCAAGCACUGGGAGUGAAGACAAGCAUCUCGGUCGUCUUCGAGUCUACGCAGACCGCGACUUGGUCGGACACCGAGAACACAUGGCCGGGAGGGAAGGCUUGGGCUUGCAGUGGAGGUGCUUGGGGGAAGGAAAAACUCUCGUCGGGACGACAAAUGCCACACUCGUGGCGGAUGUGGAAACUCGACAGUGUGCACGAGCUUCUCAAGCGUUGGUAUCAGCUACGACCCGUUGCUAUCGAGCUGUUCAGCAUGGAUGGCUGCAAUGAUCUCUUGGUGUUCCACAAGGAAGAGCGAGAUGAGGUGUUUAAGAACCUUUUGUCCAUCAACUUACCUCGUAGCAGCAGGCUUGAAACGGCAAUCUCUGGAGUGUCCAAGCUAGACAGCAAUGAAGGAGGCCGGCUUUUCAAGACAAUGGCCAAGUCCUUUAGCAAACGCUGGCAGAAUGGCGAGAUAAGCAACUUUCAGUACCUCAUGCACUUGAUACGCUAG